AUGGCGCCCAGAAAGGGGAAGGAGUCCCUUUUGGACCUCUGUGGCCGGGCAACCACCUUGGGAAACAGCGUGUCGGUGCGCAUGCUGGAGUAUCUCAGCACCGUCAAGGAGCCCCCGCAUGGCUUCCGUGAGCUGGCGACCAAUUUCCUCGACAUUUGUCGAGUCCUUUGCUCCAUCGAAGCAGGACUGACCGAAGCCUCGAGGGGGCACAGCCAGUUCCCCAGUGACAUGCAACAGGAACUCGACAAAAAGUUUCGUCAGGCCAAUGAUGACUUUAUCGUCUUGAACCAGAUGCUCGUCAAGUUCCUCGAGUACGAGAAGAAAGGAAGCUUGGGCAAGCUCAGGAAAGGAUGGCACAUGAUGUUCGCCGAUACGGACAUUCACAAGAUGAAGGACUCGCUCGCCAGGAGCCGCGAUGCGCUGGGCAUGAGUGCAAUGGUGUUCAGAUGGUACCUGGGCGACGCAAAGGCGGAUGCCUCUGUUGGCAUAGGAUAUACGGGUCUUGCAGCUGUCCUCGAGCGCAUGAACCCCAGCAUCAAUCCCAGCAUCAGGCACACUCCGUCGACCACCGUGAAGCCUGCCCUUCAUGCUCCUCUUUCGGAAGCACCCGAUCUUCUGCCACCGCUCCCGUCCAUUCCAUUGACGGAGAGAACGUCAGAGUCCAACUUCCUCUCCCGGCUAAGCGAGGAUCCAGAUACCUUGACCGCGAUCCCUCAGAGACAAAGCUUCAGCAGGCCCGCGCCCAGUACCAGGUCCAGCAAACUCACCGUCAAUUCCGCCACCAGGGAAAGGGAACAGCAAAUGAUGAGCAGUGAGAGUUCGCGAACCGAGGUUGCCGUGGAAGAUCAUGUCUCUGUCAAAACGGCGGAUUCAUUUGCCCAGAUUGAGGACAUGAUCCACGAGAUCGGACUGGACAAGCACUCUUCUCCCACUGCUCGCGUGAAAGCCGACCCUGCCACAGUCCCAAGAUGGACACCUAAACAAAUGUCUGGGGCCAACUCCGCCGCCCUGAAAUCGUCCUUGUUGAAUGCCGUCCAGCAGCAGAAGCACAAGAUGAUUGAACAACUACUGGACUGCGGCGUGCCUCCCGAGGGCGACAACGGAGUCAACCUUCUCCGAGAGGCAGUUCUUCAUCAAGACGUUGAGACAGUCCGGCUUUUACUCCUCUUUGGAGCCGAUCCCAAUGGCCUCGACAAGAUCAAGUUCAGUCCCCUUUUGUCCGCGACAGAGCUGUCGUUCCUCGAAGCCGCAAAGUUGCUGCUGAAAUAUGGAGCAGAUCCUAAUCUUCCCGCCGGUCCAGAGGGGGAAUGUCCCCUCGCCAUGGCCGUCGUGGAGAACAAGCUCGAGUUUCUGCAGCUCUAUCUCACGUACGGAGGAGACACCAACCUCAACACCGCUGAUGGCAACACUCUGCUCAUCAAGGCUAUAAACAAAACGAAUCCGAAGAAGUUGGUAGAGCUUCUUGUCGACUAUGGGAGCGACGUGAAUGGGAAAAAUGGCGAGGGCGAGACGCCCCUUUUCACAGCAGUCCAGUCGAGAAGAGUGGACAUCAUGAUCUUUCUCUUGGACCACGGAGCCGACCCCAACAUGCCUGGUCCUAAGCACCUUUUGUGGCCUUCGACCUACCAGCCAAAAGCACUGCAGCUGCUGCUAUCUCGAGGAGCAGAUUACAAAAAGUGCCCCGGGGUUCUGGAACUCGCCACAAGUAUCAACAAUCUGGAGUCGGUAACGACCCUGCUCAAAGCCGGUGUCGAUCCCAAUGCUAAGAAGGACGGGGUUUAUACACCACUCUGUUCUGCCAUUCGUGACAACCGAGGCGAACUUGUCUCGCUCCUCCUGGCCAAUGGAGCGGAUCCAAAUCUGACGGCGUCGGAGUACCCAGCCUUCAAGUGCGUGACCCACGACCGCACGCAUCUACUUCCACAGCUUGUUGCUGCAGGCGCGAACCUGCACAAACCCAAGGGCAUCAUCGAGAAAGCCGUUGCUCACAACAACAAGGACGCGCUCAUGUACUUACUUGACCAGCACGUCAGCCCCAAUGACAGAAGCGCUGAAGGCUACACACCUCUGACUACGGCAAUCCGUGACGAGAGACUUGACUUUGUCGACAUACUACUGGCCAACGGUGCAGACCCUGGCAUCCGAGGUCAGGACUGGCCUAUCUGUAUGGCUGUGAAAAGACCCGAAAUUCUGCGCAAGCUCCUUCCUUCCCUUUCCAAUCCAAGAGCAGUUAAAGGGGUCCUGGAAAUGGCCGUGGUUGCCAACCAGCUCGAGAGUAUCAAGUUGUUGCUGAAAGCGGGUGUCAAUGUCGAGGACAAGAACGGAGGUGUUUUCUCUCCUCUGACAACUGCUAUUCGGGAGGACAGAAGAGAGAUUGUUCGCUACCUGCUCGACGAAGCUGGUGCCGAUGUCAACGCCCCCGGCGAGCAUCUGCCCAUCAUCAAGGCUAUCCGGAGGUUCCGCAACGGCGAUACCGAGAUCAUUGAAAUGUUGCUCGCGCGAGGGGCCGAUAUCAAUCUCAUGUACCGGGGCUGGAACGCAGUGCUCCAGGCGGUGGAAAAUGGAGACGCUAAGACGUUGAAGCUUCUCGUCGAGCGAGGUGGUGGCGUCGACCUGGAAGCUAAAGACGAGUCGGGGAGGACAGUGAUGGAUAUUGUGAACGGGCGGGGGUGGGAUGAGGCUGUGACCAUCUUGGUGGGUGGAGGAAGCCCGUAA